GAUGUAGAAGAGAAUCUGUCAUGUGAGGAGAGAAAAGUCCCUUUAGGAGUGAGUGGUGAAGAGGGGGAGAUUGAAAGAGGGAGAGGAGGGGAGAGAUGGGGAGAGGCAGAGCCCCUUGUUGUGAUAAGAGUAAGGUGAAGAGAGGGCCAUGGAGCCCUGCUGAGGACAUGAGGCUUGUGUCUUUUAUUCAGAAGAAUGGUCAUGAGAAUUGGAGGUCUCUGCCUAAACAAGCAGGACUGUUGCGAUGCGGGAAAAGUUGUCGAUUGCGAUGGAUUAAUUACCUAAGGCCUGACGUUAAGCGCGGAAACUUCAGUAAGGAGGAAGAGGAUGCCAUAAUCAAGCUCCAUCAGACCCUGGGCAACAAGUGGUCAAAGAUUGCGUCGCAUUUUCCAGGCAGGACGGAUAAUGAGAUCAAGAAUGUAUGGAACACUCAUUUGAAGAAACGUCUGGUGGCUCAAAAGAAUGAUCAACUCUAUUCAUCUUCAUCAAAUACUAAUCCAAUUAGCAAUAGUCCUAACCCUAGCCCUAGUACUAACAAUGAGCCCAAGGAGCCAUCAGGCUCUUCUACUGUGUCCAAUAUGACUAAUGACUCUAACACCAUUGAUGCUCCCAUCGAGAACUCAUCACCAAACAUUGAAACACAAGUGGACUCGAUAUUUUUCGACUUUGUAGGAACUUAUGGCAUGCUAGACGAGGUGAACAAGCCGGGCGAAGAACUGGAAAUCCCAUUGGAGACCGACACCAGUUUUUGGGAGAUGUUGGACAGCCUAGGCUCAUUCCAGUACAACAAUGAAGUAGAGGGAAGCCAGAGCUCUAUCAUUAUUGCAGACCAUGAACAAGGAAAUGAUAAUGGAGAUGCAGCCCAUGAGAGCAGGAGUUGGCUGAGGUACAUAGAGAAUGAGCUUGGACUAGAGGAAACAAGUGAUGAAACCAUGGAAACAUGUACUAAAAUUCAGCUUAAUGGAGAUGAGCAGCCAGCCAGUGAGAUCAUUAGUUUCCUAGAGGAUGACGGUGGGAAGCUAGAAGACAAUCCAAGUAUUAUAAUGUGGCCUUCCCCACCUCACAAUUUUGUCUUUUAAUGGACUCAAAAGUGCCAAAAUUGUGAACUUUGUUACAGGGAUUUAUACAUACUUGAUAACUAGUUGAUAAGAUCAGGGUUUUUGUCAUUAAGGAUGAUGGGAUUUGUAUUAGUUUAAUUUCUUCUAAUCUAUGGUAUGAUGAUGACCCCUUUGUAUAUUUGAAAUUAAUCUCUUGAAUUUUAUGAAGUUGGAGAGUGGGUUGGUGAAAUUCUCCCCUUA